GAUGUCACAUUUAAGCUUCAAAGAUUGGUCAACAUUCAUGAAACUUGCAUUACCAGGGGGUUAUUUUGGAAUUGUAUCUUUAGCAAAUCAUCGAUUAAUUCUUACAAUUACACUAAUAUUAUAUCAGAUACCACAUAGUUUAGCUGUAGCAGCUUCAAACAGGGUUGGUAAUUUAUUGAGUACCGGUUUACCAAAUAGAGCGACAAUAGCUACAAAUACUUCACUCAUACUUGCUGUCAUGAGUACUAUAUGCAAUGUAACG